AUGAUCUGUCAAAGCACAGCAAAGGUUGGAAACCUUGCAGUCACUCAGUGGUCUCAUGAACAUGGGCUUUCAUGGGACAGUGAAACAUGCUCCAGAGCUGCUGCAAAUGGCCAUUUGGACGUGCUUAAAUAUGCCCAUGAAAAUGGCUGUCCUUGGGAUGAACACACAUGCAGAGUAGCUGCUGAAAAGGGGCAUUUGAAAAUCCUGAAAUACGCUCAUGAGAAUGGCUGUCCAUGGAACAAAGACACAUGCAAAAAUGCAGCCAAAGAGGGUCACUUACAAUGCCUCAAGUAUGCCCAUGAGAAAGGCUGUCCAUGGGAUGCAGAAGUGUGUGCAAAUGCUGCCAAAGGUGGCAACUUAGAAUGCCUCCAUUAUGCCCAUGAAAAAGGCUGUCCAUGGGAUAAAGAGGUAUGUGCAAAUGCUGCGAGAUGUGGCCACCUGGCAUGCUUGAAGUAUGCCCAUGAAAAUGGCUGUCCUUGGGAUGAAUUUACAUGUUCAAGUGCUGCAGGCAGUGGCCACUUCCACAUAUUGAAAUGGGUCAGAGAUAAGGGCUGCCCAUGGGAUGAUCGGACAUGCUUUUUUGCAGCAGGUGGUGGACACAUUGACAUUUUGAAGUGGGCCAGGGAGGAGGGCUGUCCAUGGGAUGAAUGGACAUGUGCUUCUGCAGCAGAAGGUGGACACUUAGAAAUUCUUAAAUAUGCACAUGAAAAUGACUGUCCAUGGGAUGCUGACACCUGUGCAAAUGCUGCUCUUUGGGGUCAUUUUGAAAUAGUGAAGUAUGCACAUGAAAAUGGUUGUCCCUGGGAUGAUGCGACAUGCUUUUGUGCUGCUCUUUCUGGUUGUUUGGAGACAUUGAAGUAUACCCACGAAAAUGGCUGCCCUUGGAACCAGGAAAUAUGUGCGAAGGCUGCUGAAUUUGGAUAUUUUGAUCUCCUCAAGUAUGCCCAUGAAAACAAUUGCCCAUGGGAUGAAGAGACAUGCUUUGAAGCUGCUGCAAAUGGACACCUGGAAAUAUUGAAGUAUGCCCAUGAAAAUGGCUGCCCCUGGGAUGAAGAGACAUGCACCAAGGCCGCUCAGGAAGGGCAUUUCAAGAUAUUGCAGUAUGCCCAUCAAAAUGGGUGCCCAUGGGACCAAGAGACAUGCACCAAGGCCGCUCAGGAAGGGCAUUUGAAGAUAUUGAAGUAUGCCCAUGAAAAUGGUUGUCCAUGGGACAAUGAGGCAUGCUACGGGGCCGCUGGGGGUGUGCAUUUGAAGAUAUUGCAGUAUGCCAAUGAAAAUGACUGUCCAUGGGAUGAAAUUAUAUGCAAACAUGAAGCCAAAUGUUGCCACUUGGAUUGCCUCAGAUAUGCAAUUGAUAAUGGUUGCCCAUGGGAGGAAGAUCAUUUGUUGACAAAGGCUUGGGUUCACAAGAUGUUGUUGAAGAGGAAUGCCUGA